GGGAGAGCGCGCAGCGUUGACUCAAAGCCGUUUGGAGCCUGCAUGAAAUAUUAGCGGCAAUUGUGCUUACUCAUAAGUAGUAGCCUUUUAUCUCCUCCUCCUCCUCUUUUUCUUUUUUUAAAUGCCGUGUCACUUGUGUUCCAACAGGGGUGUGACUUCGGAUUCUGCUCCCCUCCCUGUUUAGGUCACUCAUUACUUCAGGCGCGCUUCGCAUUGGAAUAGAAGUGGUAGCAAAACUUCAGACGCCGGCUUUCUGGACAGAUUUAUUUGUGUAAGCUGCGAGAGGAAACUCCUUCGUCUUUGGGUGCAAGAUUUGAAGCGGGAGCAAUGGCCAAGUUCUGGUUGUGUGCAGCCGUUGGUUUUUACGCGUUGCUGCAGGUUUGCGAAGCCCGAAUGGAUUUGAAUAUAAGUUGUAGAUAUGCAGGUGUUUUCCAUGUAGAGAAGAAUCAACGCUACAGUCUUACCAGAGAAGAGGCUGUUCAGCUUUGCGAAGCACUUAAUAGUACCAUCCCAACAUGGGAACAAAUGGAAAAAGCCUAUACCCUCGGUUUUGAAACUUGCAGAUAUGGUUAUAUAGAAGACAAAAUCGUACUUCCCCGGCAUACUCCUUAUAAUCUCUGUGCAGCAAACAACACAGGAAUUUAUAUACUUUCCUCAAAUAUUUCUGACCGAUACGAUACAUAUUGCUUCAAUUCAUCAGAAUCAAGAGACGUGGUUUGUGAUCCAGUGAAAAAGUUAUAUUCUGAUUUGCCUAAUAACAACAGCAGUAUUGAAAUUUUCAAUGCUGAUGGAUCACGGUAUUUUGAAGGAAAGAAGGUCACAGAAAGGCCACAAGUUACUGAAGAUGACAGCAGCGUGGGCAGUGGUUCUGCAUUUGGCAGGGGAACUACAGAUCCCAGUGACUUCACACCAGAGGACGAUAUCACACCAUUUACACCAGAAUACGGAAGAGAUGACCACCAUCAUCAGCAUCCAGGAAAUCCUGAAGAUCAGAAUCCUAAUCAGAGUUUUGAAGAUGAUGAUGAUGGUGGUGGUGAUGAUGACGAAGAAGGGUCUGGGCAAAAAAAUCCUGAAACAGUUCUUGAGUGGGACAACAGUGGUGAUAAGGAACUUCAGACAUCAAAUACCACUGUGAACUCCAGCAAAGAUGUCAAACAAGAAGAAUCAGCCCAUAAUAUAUUGCUACCUGCUGUACAUUCUGGAAGGGACAGUGAAGUCAGAUACUCAACAAAUGACACAAAUGCGGAUGUCCUAACUGGAAUUGUUGAAAAAUAUUCAACUACUACCGCUGUGUCCUCCAGUGAUGAUUUCUUCAAGCAGGAAGACUCAAAGCAGCCUCAAUUGGAGGGUGCAUCUCCUGAACUGGAAAUUGAAGACACAGUAACCCCUGCAAUCAACACUUCAGACGUGUUACAUCCAGAAUUUUUCCCUUCCGAAGAAAAAGAAAGUACCCUGGAAAAAGAAUCUUUUCAUCAUCCAGUUACUUUCUCCAAUGGAAGCAUUGAACAUGAAGAAGAACAUCAACAUCAGCCAUCAGCUGUUGAUACAGUUACACAAAGGAGCCAAAUUUCUGUCGCAAACAGGACAAUCCAUGAUAUCCUACAAGUACUUGUAUCUUCAAGGGACAGCUAUUAUGAAAAUGCAUCUUCUCAGUCAGCAGUAGUUUCCAGUGUUAGCACUGACUCUGAAGUUCCUACUCGUGAUUCAUUAUUGCAUCUAAAGAAUAGUGAAGAAAAAUAUCACACAAACACCUCUAGAGAGCAAUUGCUGCCUGGAAUUCUUCCUACAACUGCAACAACUGUAGUCUCCAAGGAGAAAGGCAAAGGCAACGAAACCACACAAAACCCAUCAUUUUAUGACAUCCAUCCAGGACUGGACAAUAAAAAUGAUCUCCCUGAGAACAAAACUAGGGAAGAUGUUCAGUCUGAAAUUAUUCAGAUCGAGAGAAAGCCUGAAUUGGAAACAACUCAGACAGCUGUGAUUUCCACUGAAGCUGAUGUUUAUGAGGAUUCUACCCAAGAUCCAUUGAUUAAGGAAGAUCUUGAUUUGAAUGAAAAACUUCAUCACCCUACAAAUUCAUCAAUAAAUGAUUUCAUACCUGGAAUUCAUAAUCUCACAGACAAUGUGCAAGAAAACAAAACAUCGUAUACAGUUGUCAUACUGAAGGAUCUUGAAGAUUCAGCUCAAUCACCAUUGCCUCCUAUUUACCAGUCAGACUGGAUCAGUGAAGAAAAACCUACUAAUACUUCCAGUAAUGGCACGGAAAUCAGUAAACAGCAUGAAAAUGAACGUGACUUUUAUGGAGAUGUGGGCUUUUAUGGGACCAAAGAAGAUCCAACUUCAGAACCAGUGAGGCAAUGGGUUAGUGAAGACAAAUAUACUACAAAAGCCACAGUGGAUGUCUUAUUUCCUGGAAUUGUUCCUCGAAGAGGAAUAAAUCAAAAAAAUAAAACUGACCAUACAGUUGUGGCCUCCAGUGAUGGAGACAAAAAUGAAAAAUCAGAUCUUGGUCCAGAGUGGCUUCCUACAUGGACCAGUGAUGAUGAAAAACUUAUAAAUAACAGUCAAGAUCCUAUAAACAGACAUCCACCUUCCACUGACAGUCCUGAUCCAAACCAACACUCCAGUGUAGUGAGAGACAAAAAUGUGACACCUUUGCCGGGAGAGUCAGGAAAAAGUCAACCACGAAUGGCUCAUAUACCAGAUUGGCUAAUUGUAGUUGCUUCUCUUUUGGCCCUGGCGUUGAUUCUUGGUGUUUGCAUUGCUGUAAACAGUCGAAGGAGAUGUGGGCAGAAGAAGAAGCUUGUGAUUAACAACGGUAAAGGAGGCAUAGAUGAGAAGAAGAAAGAUGGGCUAAAUGGAGAUGCCAGCAAAUCUCAGGAAAUGGUGCACUUGGUACACAAAGAGAAGCCAGAAAACCAAAAGGGCUCACAUGAUGAAUUCCAGGCAAUUGAUGAAACACAGAACCAACAAGAUGUGCCCUUGAAGAGUGGCAUGUAGGAAGGCUGGCCGAUCAAAUUGAAUCAGAGUUGGGGGAAACAAAAAGCAUACUGAACUGGGACUAGAACUCAGAAAUGCAAUGAGCUACUGAUAUCUUUAAAGCAUAAUUAAGCAUACAUUUUCUUGGUGUUUUUUUUUUUCUUUUGUAAUGGUCAGCUACAAAAAAAUAACAUGUCAUUUUUUGUUUUGCCCAGCAUUGCAUCAUUUUGCCCAGUUUUAAUUAGUGACCAGCAUCUUAUUGCUAGCAUUUGUUCCCCAUUUACAAUCUGUUUGGUAAGGCAAAACACCAAAAUUUAUUUUGCCUGACCUACAGAAUUUUUGAACUUUCCAGAAUCUGUAGCCAUUAAGGCAUUAUAAUAAAAUGCAUUCCCAGGGAAUUCACAAUGAUCGGCUGUCUUGAAGUUUGACAUAUAGAUUUUGGAAUUGAAUUUUUAUUGGUCAGUUACGAAAUUGUCAGAGUUAUUAAAUCUCAUUAAUGUUUUAAUAUUUUGGAAUUACAUGUUGUAAUAGUUGAAUAUGAAAAGCAAGUUUUUACACGUUCCACAGAUCUCCACCAUGUUAAAAUCACUAAAAAGGGUGGAAAGGCCAAAAAAACAACAACCCCCAAACCCAAACCUGAUUUAUAGCAAAUAAAUUUUUAUUCUCUAUAAUCUAAAUAA